ACCCAACAGAGGCAGAGCGACGGUGUGAGUGUGUCUGAGGGCCUCGUUGUUCCCACGUGUCCUCCCUGUGAGCAGCAGCAUGUGGUGAAGCGGAAUUGCUCGAUAUCCCCUUCGCCACGUGCAGCCCCUGUUGAAUCCUCGCCACCCCUACCACCCGCAGCAGAUGCCUCUCAGUCGUUCAGGCUGUCGAGAAACCAUAGUUGCGAAAGCAUUGCAUCGGGCACAUUUGCAGGUGGGGAUUUUUCAAUCUGCGAGGGGAUUGCUGAAGACGCAGAUGGUGCCUCUGUUGGGAACACGAGGAGGGUACGGCGCGGUGUGACCUCCAGAAACGUGGUGCAUCGGGAUGAUCUGGAGACAAUGGAGUCACGAUAG